UGUGUUGGAGAGAGAGAGAGGGGGAGAGAGAGAGCACAGGAGGAGCUGUGUGUCUGCAGUGCGCAUGUGCAGACAGUGGUCUGUGCUGCGGUGGAAGAGGGCUGAGGACUAGAGACAUGGCGCGGCACCCGACCGGAGCGCAAGGACAGCUGGUUAGCGGUGGGGGGGCUUGAAACGUAAAGAGAAUCAGAUUAAAAAAAAUAAAAAAUAUAUAUUUAUGUACACACCAGGAAAAAGGGGGGAUUCUGAAGAGGAGUUUCCAUUUUGCAGAUGAGUACCAGAGGUUGGAGAAUAAUCAAAAACCACAGAAGGACUGAGAAAAGCAGAGGCUGCUGCUGCAAAAACAGAAGAAAAGCAACAAAAGAAGAUUGAACUUUCCUGGACGUGAGGACUUCUGGACACCAGCUCCCUGCGGUAGGUCAGAUAGAUGGUUUGUCCACAGUGCUGCCCGGAUCAUGAACGCACAGCUGUCGAUGGAGAAUAUUGGCGACCUGCACGGAGUGAGCCAUGAGUCCGUGACCGGUCACGGGGAGCUGCUUAGCGGCCACAGUCCGCAUUCCCGUCCCAACCACCGGUCUCUGGGCCACCGCGCAAUGGGCAUGGCGACCCUGCUGGACAGCGGAGACUAUCACCACGGACACCCCGGACACCUGCACCCGGCCAUCAGCAUGUGCGAAGCCCCCCACGGCAUGAGUGCGAGCAGCACUUACACCACCCUAACCCCCCUGCAGCCCUUACCCCCCAUCUCCACGGUGUCCGACAAGUUUCCUUCCCAUCACCACCACCACCACCACCAUCCACAUCCCCAUCAUCCGCACCCUCACCACCACCAGAGGAUCCCCGGGAACGUCAGCGGCAGCUUCACGCUGAUGCGAGAGGACCGGAGUCUGGCGCCUAUGAACAGUCUGUAUCCCGCAUAUCAUCACAAGGAUCCCUGCAUGGGCCAGAGCUUGUCCCCGUUGUCUGGUUCCGGUCUGGCCAGCAUACACACGUCCCAGGCCGGUAUCCCCCCCUACGCGCAUCCCGGUGCUGCCAUGCCCGGUGAGAAGAUGCUCACCCCCAGCGGGUUUGAGGCUCACCACCCGGCCAUGCUCGGCAGACACACGGAGCAGCACAUGAGCUCCUCGGCGGGCAUGGUGCAAAUCAACGGCCUCCACCACCACCCGCACGCCCACCUUGGCGCGCAGGGGCACGGCCAGGGGCUGGGGAACGGCCGGGAGCAGGCCUCCGGGCCCGGGCAGCAAGGGGGUGGAGGAGGUGGCGUUAAUGGGGGGCAGAUGGAGGAGGUGAAUACCAAAGAGGUGGCGCAGAGGAUCACCACGGAGCUGAAACGCUACAGCAUCCCUCAGGCCAUCUUCGCCCAGCGGGUCCUCUGCAGGUCCCAGGGGACCCUGUCCGACCUGCUGAGAAACCCCAAGCCCUGGUCCAAGCUCAAGUCCGGCAGAGAGACCUUCCGCCGCAUGUGGAAGUGGCUGCAGGAGCCUGAGUUCCAACGCAUGAGUGCGCUCAGGCUCGCAGGUGAGCGAAGCCUCGCCUGUAAGCGUAAGGAACAGGACCACGGCCGGAGCGAGCGAGGGAACAUGUCCAAGAAGCCCCGGCUGGUGUUCACAGAUGUGCAGCGGCGGACACUUCACGCCAUCUUCAAGGAGAAUAAGCGUCCGUCGAAAGAGCUGCAGCUCACCAUCGCACAGCAGCUGGGCCUGGAGCUGACCACGGUCAGCAACUUCUUUAUGAAUGCACGCCGACGGAGCCUAGAUAAGUGGCUGGACGACGGCUCCGGUCACUCAGCCAACUCUGGCCCCAACUCCUGCACCAAAGCCUGAAGACGGACUGAUUUGACCUACUCAUGGACUGACUCAACCUCGGUGGAAAAGCUUUAAAACUUAAGAGAAACAAAGAGAAACUUAAAAAAAGACCUUGAAGCAACGUUUUGCCCUUAAACCUGUACUAUAUUGAUAUUUAUAGUAUCCAAAGAUGAAAAAACAAACCAAAGACUUCUUGUUUGACCUGCUUUGAAAUGUUGGUUUCAGCAACACAUUUAUGUGUAACAUACUGCAAAAAGACUAUAAUUUUACCCCCCCCUUCACACACACUUACUGUCACUGGUCUCUAGCUUUACUACACCCCUCCUUACCUCCCCCAGCCCAGUAUCAAUCUAUCAUUCGCCAUCCUUAUCUCUAAUCUGAUUGGUUGGUUUUAAUGAUGGGUCCCUAAGUGGAGGUUUAAUCAGCCUAUUGACAGUGUGAUCUGCAGCUGUCCACAGCCUUGAAAAACAGCCAGAAUGUGGAGCUCUGGUGGGAUUGGCCAAUCAACGUUAAAGAAAAAAUAAUCCUGCAGGAGCGACCGCAUUGUUGUGCAACCUCGUUCGGAUGGAUGGCGGCGGACUGUCUGUCUUAGCUGUCUGUCUGUCCAGCUGUCUGUCUCUCUAUCAAGCAUUCCAGACAGACAUGGGGAUGCCCACACGUAGACUGCUAACCCAGAACCCCCAAAAUAUCCCUAAACCAAAAAAAACCCUAACCUCAACCCACAUUGUAGUGCUUUCUUCCAACAUGCUGAAGCGUUUGAAUAAUUUAAAAAUGAGAAACCAAAGCCUUCUACACUCUCUCAUGCAACUUAAAAAUAAAACCACUGAAAAUGCGACAAAGUAAUUUGACCAAAGAGUUUAUUUUCUAGUGGAUAAUAUUUUUACCUCAUUCCCUCCCUUACCUCCUUAAAACAGACUGUUAGUUAUAGAAGAGGAGAAUAUUUCUGUUCAUGGUCCGUUCACUAUUUUGAGUCAUACUGGAAAUAACAUAUAAUAACAUAACCCUGAAAGUUAACUAAAGACAUUUGCCUUAAAGAUGCCUUUUUGAAUCAAACUGAAAGUGAAAUGCUGUUUGUGAGGAUGAAUCAUUACAGAUAGAAACCUUCCUGUAAGUUCCUACAGGUCUGGUUUUUAACCUUCAACGCCACGAACAAAUCCACUCUGUAGUAUGUCUUCUCCUCACUGCUGGCUCUACGUGUGGUCCUGACACUGUGAGGUAGACAGAUGGCCUCCGAUGCUUUUAUUUUCUUCUGAGGACAAACUGUGUCACCACUCUGAUAACAAGCAUUCAGCAUAGCUUCGUCAUCCCUUACGCACCUCAUACGUAUUUGAUUUUUUAUCUCCUCAUCAGAGAUUUUGGGCGGGGGGGGGAUGAUAUCAAUGAUCGAAUCAAUUCCAGGUGCUUACACAGCAAUGUCAGCUCGUCACCUGAAUACGAAAAGCACCGCAUCCCUGCCCGUUGCCAAUCCCCAGCCCUCCCCUCUCCCCUCCCCGUCCUGCCACCGCUCUCCUGGUAAGCUAUGCAUUUCAGCACUAGGAGGAAAGCACUACACAGGGCUGGCUCAGGGCAAGCGCAGCAUUUAGAUAUAUUAAGCUGGCCCAUUGCCAUCGUCCUCCUCGUGGCCAGGGUUAGCAGUUCUACAUUCAUCAGAGACAAGCGCUUAAGGAGAGGCGAGAGAGAACUGCUUCAUCGUCUCCGAGAGAAAAACCAAAAAACAGAGAAAAGACGACAAGAGACAACAAAAAAGGAACGUGUCUAGACCUGCUGAUGUUUUAUAGUGUGAACCAAAGAUGCUACCUCACUCAAGUUCCAUACGUGAUUUCUAUCACUUUGAUGAUACCAAAGAUAACCAAAGAUUUUUUCUCAUUGCACGGCCUCUACGAGUGGUGUGUUAAAAAGAUGUUGUGUGUCUCCCCCUCCCUCCCCCCAUCUCUUGUCUGUUCCCUCUCUCUCUUACUUUCCUCUCCCCCCCGCCUCCCACCUGCACUCAGCCCAUGCACCCCUGCUCUGCGUGCUCUUGCUUCAUCUGUGCUCUGAUUACAGCUUCAUAGAUGGUCAUGCUGAUGUAGCUAUAGGCAGAUGUGCUGAUCCGACCAUAGAUACACACACACGGCCGGCCAGGCAGGUGCGGGGUACAGCGACAUUUGAUACAGAAAAACUUCAACCACUUUGUUGGCAGAAAAGACAGUUCUAAUGUCAAAGCUGGCAUUGUGGCAACACCAGUAAAUAUAUUGAGGCUGGUUCAUCAGUAAUUUCAGGAAGAGAAUUUGAUGGUACCCUGCUCAAGUGCCAUAUGUUUGGAGCUUUAUUUCCACUUGGCCUCAGCUUGUGAGUUUGUAUCUAUCAGACUGAUCCAACAAACAGGUCGGACAUCUUCACGUGACAGUAGGCAGACAAGUUGACAUAGCCAUGGGCAGAAUCGAUGAAUCAACUAUAGGCAGACAUGUUCCUGAAAGUAGAAGCAGACGUGUUGCAAUCUUUCUAAAACUCCCAGGACGAGUGCCUUGCUUGAACCAAAGUGUUAAACCGCUGUUGACCUCUCACCUUUGACUCUGUGAAUACCUCAGCCUGUAGAAAGGCCACUACUAAAGAAACAAGGAAAAGGUUUUUCUUCUUCUUUUUUUAAAUCACACCGUGGUGCUUUCGCCAGCGCAACCAUGCAAUGAAAACAUACCAAAGGAAUUUUUGUUGUCCACUUCUACAGAUGAAACCAAAGGUCUUUGUUUCUUCUCCUCCCCCUCCGUCCUCCUCUUUUCCAUCCAUCCCUCCUCUCCCCCAGACUUCCUCGUCUCUCUGCUGUGUGUAGGAAGGUCCAGCACUCUGGCCGUGCAUGUCUUUACCAAUGUCUCUGAAUACCUCAUAGUAAUAAUUCCUUUGAGUUCUGCAUUGAGACGUCUAUCUGUGAGUACGGCAGAACUCCACUCGUGUGGUAAUUGUUGUUGUUACUUCAAAAAGCUGUAUGAUUAUCUAUUUUGUAGUUUUGGUUUUGUUUUUUGGCAGAAGUGCUCUGUUUCAAGUCACGGAGGACAAGUUUCAGGGUUGAUGUAUGAAACUUAUGGGAUGGAGGGAGAAGCGUAUUUUUUAUCAGACAUUGUUUUAUGCCAAUAUUAUGAUGGUAGACUAUUGCUUUUACAGGGUAAAACCAACUGCUGUGAUAUUGUGUUCAUAUUUUUCCCUUUUGUCUACUUCUGUGCUGUGAUUUUAAUUUAAUUGCAUUUUUGUAUCGUUUUAACCACUGCUUUAAUUUAUGCAUUUGUAGAAACUCUAGAUUUGUAUAUAGUAGGUUUUUUGGAAAAAAACCAAAGAAACAAAAAAAAGACAGUUUUAUGUUACAGCCUUAUCGCCCAUGCUUAGAUAUGACAAAGGAGUAGUUUGUAUUUUUCUUCAGCUAAAUCCUAGCCGGCAUUUCAAUGUGUGUUUUAAACACUGCCAGAAACCCAGACAGUUGAUUUGCCAACGUAGACAAAGUCAUACAGGAGCUACUUUGUUGAACAGCUGGCAAAAAGCAGUGUGUAUGUGUAUAUGUGUUUUCUAUUCUUUUGACUUUUUAAAAAAAUACUGUUAUUUUAUUGGUAUUACUGCACAUCCAAAGAUUUUUAAAACAAACCAAAAAUUGAAAAAAAAAAAUAUGUAUGAUGUUGAAAAGCACUGGCAUUUGUGAGGUAGACUUGUUGAGUUUUGAUUUGCCAUUCGCACGGGUAUAGAAUAUAGAAGGCGUAGGGCUGUGUAGAAAAGCUUACUCUACCAUGUGGGGAAUCUCCUGUUCAAUGUACAAUCUGAAGCAUCUGAAACGAGGGCUGCAAGUCCUGCUCACUUUGCUGUCUCAUGCACAGAGUGAGGUGGAGUGGAGGGUGGGCAGCCGGUCUGCCAGGGGCCGUGCCGCGGAGCUGGGUCUGUUUUUAUUGCCGUGGCACCGCCGCCUCGCUCCAUCUAGUAUCUGUUCUUUUGGUACGUACUCGUGUAAUGACUAUGAGCAAAGUCUAAUAAAACUGCAAAAGAACCUUA